AUGGCAAGCUUUUCUCUAUCAAUUCCCUUCCAUACCUCAUCGAAACCAGCUUUAGAGAGCCAGCGACUUCAGCUCAAAGAAAGUCGCGCUGAAAUGAAACGCAAGCUCUCCAAAGUAUCUUUCGAAGAGCAGCCAAUUCGUUACAGGAAGCUGAGAAUCGAGGAUUUACAAAUUCAGGUCGAGGAGCAGAGAGUGCAUAAGUCCUGGCUAGAUCAUGAACACAAGCAGAGUCAGACGAACGAUAACAAUUAUCGCAAAGAGCACCGAGAGACCAAUAAGAGGAUCGUGAGCUUGGGAAGCGAUCUAUGGGUCGAGAAUCAAGAGCUGAGAAAGCAGGAAGAGAAAGAAGGUAGAGUCCUGAGACUCGGCCCGGAUUCUAAAGGCGCAUUUAUCUACACACUUCUGGCGCUGUACAAGGAUCCAAACGAGUCUCGCAGGAGGUCCAGCCAAGUGCAGAGCCAUAUGAAGGAGACUGCGAUGACAGUCUAUGAAGCAAAGAAAGGCGCGCCAGUCAUGGGGAAAAUCUGGUGCUGCAUCUCACAGGAUUACUUCGACCAGACGAACGUUCGCGCUGCUCAGAUUGCGCCUCACGCACUUGGCCCGGAACUGGUUGAUUACAUCUUUGGAAGCGGUUCUGGAUCAAGGCUAGAUACGUCGGAUAAUUGUCUGCUCAUACACCAUACCGUUGAGCAAGCCUUCGACAAUGGUAACUUCGUUCUCAUACCAGUCGACGCCAGCGAAACACCAAUCCUACGGUGGAAGAUCCAGAUCACAAAUCUCGCAGCAACGCACACUGAUAUGGGCCGAGUGUCUCUGAAGGACCUCAACGGCAAGGAGGUCUCAUUCAAAAAUGAUAAUCGGCCAGCGUCCAGGUUCCUGUACUACCAUUUUGUUGUGACUCUUCUCCGCAACAAAAGGGAUCGUCAGCCAGGUUGGGAGAAGUUUUCUGCUGAAUUACCGACCGGUAAACCAUUCGCUACCAUGGGCCGGUAUAUGCGCGAAUCUAUGUUGUUGACCUUGGCGAAGAAUGCCGGGGAUCUGGAUCCUGCGGAGGAGGCAAAGCUACUUGGGGGUGAAGGAGGGGAGACAUUCGCGGAGGAGGAGAAGCUCACAGGAAUCGAGGAAAAUGAGGUUGCACGCAGGGUGUUUGAGGCUCACGAGCCUGAAGAUGGAGGAGAGGGUGUGCAACCCUCGGAUAGUGAUGAUGAUUGA